AUGUCAGGACGACCAGCCCACGCCACCUACGAGGAGGAGCGAGAGUGGUUUCAAACCACUUUGCAUGCCCAGAUUCACAUUCUUCAGGAUAAUUACCCUCCAGCCCGGGAAAUGAUAAUUAACAGUCUAGGCAAUCUUCUCAACCGGGUUCGUGCUCUUAGAAUGUCCGGACAGGCUUACAACCGUCGAGAUAUCGUCAAAUGGACCGAGAAAUGCAACACAAUCUAUGAACAUGUCGCGAAUUGGCAGCAAGAACUCAUCCAGGAUCCGAGUAGCACCGGCCGUGUGGCCGACGAUAUUGAAGCUACGAUGUUCGAUUUGGGCUUUGCUGUCUCUGAGCAAAACUUGUAUCCUCUUGGUCCACAGGACUUGGAGGAUGAUCCUCGUCGCGGUGAUCGCAGUGGUGCACCAUCGCCAGAACCUGCACCGAAGCCGAAAUGA